UAUUGUAAUUAGGUCUCUAUACAGCAAUGCGCUGUCCGAUUUUUUCCAAACUUUGUCUAAGCUAGUUUGCCACAAAGUACGCGUUACACUACAAGGGAAAGGUAAACAUAACGAUCAAUCAUGUCUGUGGUAGCUUUUGGCCUAGGACUUAUGCUGUAAGACUGAAGGCACUAUUACCGUCACAAGGUGAUGGAUCCUUUUCUUGUUUUUAUUCAAUUGUUUCAUUAUGGAAUAUGCGCAAGUGAUGGCGCUUGAUCGUUGGCAAAAAAAAAAUGUAUUGAAACCCUGUGAUAGCAGCUAAUUUGACCAUCGCUCACGAUGGCAGGGUUAGUUCCCAUGUAAGCGUACACCUAUAUAAGCCAGCGAUCAUAUGGAAACCAGCUUUAGUGUCCACACAUUUGACCGGAUGACAGAACUGGGAUUUUAAAAUACCCUAACAGGGGUGUCCAAGGGCUGGUGUGGCUUCGACCGCGUUCGGGAAUGGGAUUGUACAGAACCAACUUGUUCCUGUUCGGUUUUCUUUAAUAAUCGAAUGCAAUAAUUUAAAUCCAAUCACUCAAUUGUGUCCAAUUACCGUUUCAAACGGUAAUCCAAACUUUGGAUACCCGUUCAGGAAUACAUCUAGUAUCAGGUACCUGUACCUUACUUUAACGGGAGUAAAUAGAACAAACCACGUGGUUCUUGGAGGGACAAGAAUAACAAACAAUACAAUGAACGAUUAUCUAAGGGAAAUUCCCCUCAAAGGUCUGGAUGAGAGGACGCCACUAACAUGAUUAGAAUUGUUCCUGGAAGACGAGUCGCCACCGACAACUCGAGGAGUCGGCAGAUUCACUGUCUGGCGACCUUAGCGCGUGUCUCAGGUAUUUACCUUGUACUCAGCGCAAUACUCUAUACCUACCUCCGUUGUUAUCUAAACGUACCAGACAGGAAAAGCUUUAUAGACCCAAUUCCCUCCGCACUGCAAAAGGUUUCGUUGGCCUCGCUACAAGAGAAAAUCGACCGGACUUAUGUAGAUCACACACCUGAGUUAGUUGCCCAGGGAGGUGUGAGCAUUAAGUCAUUUACGGACAUAAGCACACGGACACAGCUAUUUACAAACGGGCUGGUUAAUGAUAUGAAAGGUCCGUUAUUAUAUAAGACAAGGCAAAGAAAUAACAAUGGGAGAAAAGAUCAAAUUAAAUCAAAGGGGAUAAUGUUUUUCCAAGAGCUACCAAAUAACACUUUGUACAAUGGUGUCAGAAGAGAAAAAAUUCUCGAAGAGUUUAAAAAAGACUGGGACCGUCUGCAUGGGGCAAGAGUCGACUGGGAACACAUUCUACGUCCCUGUGCUAAAAACAGAACAUGGAUUAAAAACACAAAACAGGAUAAAAUGGACAGAAGCAAUGCAAGCACGAGUCGAGUUGUCUACAAAGACAUUCUCCCGGCCGGGGAAUUUAGCAAGAUUUUAAUACAAAGUCGGACAUCCGACGGCCGGAUCAAAAGCCGGGGUGGAGACUCAUGGAGAGUGUACGCGCGCGGCAGGGCCUCUACUGCUGCCUGUAUGUGGGACUACGGCAAUGGGACCUAUGAGGCCCUCAUGCUGAUAGCUGACCCGGGAGUGUACCAAAUAGUUGGCUUCCUGGACUACAGCUUGUGCGAUGGAUUCAGGGACCCUCCCACGGAUUGGUUCGUUAAAGGAAACGCCCAGGGAAAAUACCAGUCAGAAGGGUUGUUAGGAGAACUGGACGAUUUUUUAAUGCAGUCACUUGAUGAGCAGCUGUCAAUCACAAUCUAUCCUUCAAGAAUACCACCCUCAGAGUUAGCCAUGGUAGCUUCCAAGCCCACAAACAGCUUAGGAUGUGACACUCUUUGGGACGGGUAUGGAAGGUGGAAGGAUAACUCUUGGGAACCCUUUGUACAUGAUUCCUUAUCGUGGCAUACAUUGGCCAAAGCCCCCUCGUCAGGGGUACUGUGGGUAUAUGGAGACUCGGUAGCCAAGAAUUUCGCGCUGUCUUCUCGACGUCGGUUGUUAUGUAAUGGACUUUAUCAACGAUGUGAAUACAGCUAUAACUGGAUUUACCCUGUCAAGGCGGGUGAACAGAGAGAAAUUCUCGCCACAGACGCGAAGGACUUUGAGGCACACCGUGUGCUGGACAGCAUCCGGACAGUACUGGUCCACCCGGACAUGGCAACCAAUCACAGCACGCUGCUGCUCAACCUUGGCCUUCACUUCACCAUGACACUUAACUUUACUACAUAUCAAAGCUUGAUUGACAGCCUGGUAGCCAUGCUUAUGCGGUAUCAAGACAACGUCAGAUAUCCAAAGGUUAUAUGGCGGAGUACUACAGCUAUAUGGAAGGAAAAUGCGGGUGUGCGAAAUUUGACGCAUUUUCGAUUCCUCACCGAGCAGCGUAUUUUACUAUUCAACGCUUACGCCAACUGGGCCAUGUGCCGUGGCGGGGUUCCUAUACUUGACGUUCAUCCAAUCACGGACUCCUAUCCGCAUGGACCCAUAGACGUGGUCCAUUAUUACGGACUGGUUACGUAUCCGGUGGAACAGAAACUUGAAAAGCUAAAAGCCAAUGGGGAGCUUUGACGUCCUGGCGGAAUGAAAGCGUAACCCAGGAAGAAUAGAAAGCUCCCGAGCGCCAGAAAAUUUCCUCUUUAAAAACUAGCGCAUGUUACCUAAAAAUCCAGCAAGCUCGAGAUAAUUCUUGCUGACUCCUUGCCAAACUAUAUAAAGGCCCUCAGCUUAUGACAUUAUCUUGGGAAGGUUGCACGAGGCCUGGACAAGACCUCUCUACUUGAAUAAAUCAAAUGGAAGGUCAAAUA